AUGCGUACCAAAUGUUUGUUUGACGUCCAGUUACAAUUAAGUUGUACCCUCAACGUUAAGUCGGGAUACCUUGGGCUUGUCAAAGAAGAUAUCAUAAAACACCUUGCAACUGAAUUGAAUGUUCCGGACCAUCAGACGUCUCAUGAGCUAUCACGAGUGUUGGACCGAGGACGUGAGGCCAGUUCGUGUCACGGUGCUCUACAGGAACGAAACCCGAACGACAGUGUCUAUACCGGUAUAGAAGAUCCAGUGGUAUUAUAUGGGUCGCGUCAUCCUAGCGGGGUCACCUGGGUCAACAAAGCCAAGGAUGAGGGAGGGGAUGUUCUUAUCAGAGGCACCGGUGAUGACUCCAAGGGCUACUUCAUGCAGCCUACCAUCAUUCUAACCAAAGAUCCCGAAUCAAUCACCAUGAAAGAAGAUAUUUGGUCCUGUCAUCGCUGUAAUGGUUUUUUGUUCGAAAAUACGGUUUAUGUAUACGACGACACAAAUUAUGAGAAGACUCUGGAACUCAUCAAUAACACCUUGCCUUAUGCACUGAUUGGCUCUAUGCGAGUCGCACUUCAGAUCUCUGCGAUGCACCGCAAAGCCCUUCUGACUCCCACAAACAAGCUCCGCAACACUGCUGGCAACGUCUAUUACCACGAGGAAUGCGCUGGUGCGGUCGUGGGUCAACAACCCUUUGGAGGAGGAUGA